AUGGCUGUGCGCUUCGAAGUGCUAUUGGCGCGCCUGCUUCUGCUGCUGCAUCUGGUGCGGGGCAAACGCGGUGUGGAGAUCGUGGGCGGGCUGUUCUGCAAGCGCGAAUGGGUGCGCGCGUUCCAGGGGCUGCUGGCCGCCGUGAAAGCCGGGGCGGUGGUGCUCGGGAAGACGUGGCGCCAGUUGGCACACGCGGAAGGGCUGAACAUGGGCUACAGCGGAAUCCACCCCAUCCAGACCCUUGCGCGCAGCCGGCAGGCGAGGGUGCUUUUCGAGUCCGCGUCGGAAGCCUGGAGCACCGUGGUCCGGAAGAUUCUGAAUCGCGGGUACGUCGUCAACACAGAUGAUGUAUUGUUUCUGUGGGAGUCUGUGCGGCAGAAGGUUGGCUUGGCCCUCCAGAAAGGCUGCCUCAAGAAAGCUGGCAGAUACACGUCGAUGUCGUUGGCUAGGUCUUUCGCGCAGGUGGCCGGCGCGGUGUUCCACCGGCGCGUGGCGGAAUAUGAUGCCCGGCUGCGUGCCGCGAUGGCGACGGGGCAAUCCAGGGGUCGAUUGGAGUCCGUCGGGGACGAGGUGGGGAACCGGGUCUUCGCGCUCUUCCAUUUGCCGACCCACGCCUCGUUCGUGGACAUGAUGGGCCAGCUGCAGGAGCGCGUUCGCGGGCUCGGGUGCUCGGUCGUUCACGUUCGGGCACCAGACACGAUCACAUGGCAGACAGUGCUCGUGCACCUGUGCGAGGUGCGACAGUGCGUGCAGAAGUUCGGCGUGCGGCAGCUCCAAGAGCUCAUGGUUUGGUUGGCCGACGCGACCGAGGAGCAGCUCGGGGGCAUCCGCGCGUACCACGGGGAGAUCAUGGAAUCUGGCUGCGCGGGCGGCUCGCGUUGCCACGCGGUGUACAUCACCGAGAAGGCCGCGGCGGUGGUGGGCUACGUCCUGAAGAAGACGAACACCCCGGACACGUCCGCAGACAAGCCGGCCAUGCGCGCACUCCUGCUGGACAUGGCUACACACCGACUGUCCCCUAAGAUCGCGACGCUCGCCAUCCCAGAAUGGCUAUCCAUGCAGAGCGCCGCCGCAGGCGUCCUCGAGGCGUGCCAUCGGAUGUGCGGCGCCCGCGGCGACGGCGCGGCUUCCUUCGACGACCUGCGAACGAAGGCGGCGGCGCUCGGACACGUCGUGCCUCGCCAGACGACCCGGGCCGAGCUGGGAGCUCUCGUCGCGGCGGGGGCGGUGGAGCGCCCGCGGAAGCUCACGCUGGAGGAAUUGCGGAAGCUGGUCCGGGCGGCGGGGGGCGACCCGCAGCCGGGCAAGACGAGCAAUUGGAAGGGCCACGAGUGCAGGGCGUUCCUCCUGCGCAGGAGGUCCGCCGCGGAGCUCCACGCCAGCUUGCCGCCGGAGCUGAAGCGGCAGAAAUUGUCCAAGGAGGGCGCCGUGCAGGCGCUUGCGGCAGAUCCGAGCUUGCCUCUUUGCUCCGCGCCCUGGGUUUCUGAGUAG